UUCUACCGUGUGUCGAGCAUUUCAAAAUACGCUGGAACAAAAAAUGCAACGAGAAAUGUGAUUUUAUCAUGUUGACAGAUAUAGUUAUGCUUUGGUGUUGGGUUUUAAGAAUUUCUUUGGUGAAACAGUUUGGUGUUAAACGUUCGUAAAUGCUAUAAACAAUGAGUUUAAUGUAACACUUUUAAUUCAGUUAUAUUUUAGGAUUUUCGUAAGCGACUUAAAAAUAUCUUGAGUUCUUGAGGUCUCUCUAGAUGUAUUUGUUGUCAGAUUAUAAAAUAUUUUUUUCUGUGUCGAAGUAUUACAGGGUUGUAUAAACUGCUUUGCAUAUACAUGUAAAAUAAGAGUAUUAAGUUAAAUAAACAUCAAUCGCCAAUGUUAAGCAAGUAAAUUUUGUUUCAGUUAUACUUUAAAAUUUAUAGCAAUACUAGUUUGUUCCAUAUUUUACCAAACCAUGUGGUGACCUAGUUUAGUGCUAUGUAAUAUUAUCAGACAUUCAAGUUACUUUUAAUAACAUAAUAGCUCAUUUCAUUACUGAACUAAGGUAAUCAAUUUAAAACCAAUCUAAUAUCAACGUUUACGAAUCGUUUUCGCAAAAUUAGGCCGACCUAACCUAAAAAUCAAUAGUGGAUUAGUUGGUGACCACUCCGCUAGGAGCGCUAGUGUCGACAUCACGUGACCGCGGUAUCAGCUGAUUAUGACGAGUGUAGAGCCGCGUACACCCCUCUCCCCCAUGCCACCCUCACCGCCAGCUGACUGCCAGGAGUGUAAGAGACAUUUCCUCGCUAUCGCAGCCGUCGUUGUCUGUCUGGCUGGGUGUCUACUGGUGCUCAAGGUGGACAAGGAUAUAAUCGUCGAGGAGAAGAUAGAACCAGUGGUCGCCACUAAGUUGGUGGGGCUGAUUUUGGCUCGGGGAGGUAGCAAAGGACUUGCUCGCAAGAACUUGGCUACCAUCAACAACAAGACUCUACUCUCCCGUGCACUGACAGCUAUGGCCAACUCAAACUGUUUUGAUGAGCUGUGGGUGUCAACGGAAGACAAGGAAAUUGCAGAGGAGGCACUGAAGUACGAGGCCAAUGUUCACCAACGACCAGCCUCCGUGGCUGAGGACAACACUUCCUCUAUCUUGGCUGUCCAGGAGUUUGUAGAGAGACAUCCAGAUGUGCGGUUGGUGGGCCUUGUCCAAUGCACUUCUCCAUUCAUCAAAGCCCAAUGGCUGCGCGAGGCUUGUCUUAUGAUGACUUCUCAAGGGUAUGACUCUGUAUUCUCUGCAGCCCGACAGAAAAACCUGCGUUGGGAGCCUGCGGAAAAUGGAACAGUGAAGGAGCUGAACUUCAACACAGGGGAACGGCCUCGAAGACAAGAGUGGAAUGGGGAGUUGGUAGAAAACGGAAUGUUUUACUUUGCAACAACUGAGCUGGUGAAUCAAAACAAACUCCAGGGUGGAAGGGUCGGGUAUGUAGAGGUCCCCAAAAACUACAGUUUGGAGGUGGACACUCCGUUAGACCUCUUGAUGGGAGAAGCCCUCGCUCCAAUUUUGGAUCCUACACUUGACAACCCAGACUAAAUUUUUGGACAUCUUGUCUCAUAGGUCUGAGGUUUCUAGCAACUGCCUAAGAAGUUAAAUAUCUUUAAUACAGAGGUUUCAUAUUUUCAAUAGAUCUUCUUUGAGAUUAGUGAGAAUUGGACAGAUGACAUAACAUGGGUAGGUACAACAGACCAGUGUUAGAUAAACUGCUGUGUUAGAUAUAGUUAACUGCAUGUACUUUUGUAUCUUGAACCAUUAAUUGGAACAACUGGAUAAGAAGAACACCCUUGUAAAAAAAACACAGUUGAUAACCAUACAGACUAUCUUUGCCAUGUGUCCAUACAGGGCUAAACAGUUUUUUUACUCGUAUGUCUAAAGGUCUUGUUGAAGCUAACAUGUUCUAAAAUGAUAAUUAAUGUACAAGAUAAUUCAUGUUUUUUAAUGAUAUGAAACCUGGUAGGUAGUUGCAACUCCUCAUCAUAAUGAGACAUUGAUGUUUUUGCGUUUAUAAACUUCACAGAAAGUUAACAGCUUUGAAAAGGAAAUGAUAAAUUUGUAAUUCAUAUUUUUUUUUUCAUGUAAUGCUUAAUUUACAACCUAGGGUAACAUAUUUGUACUUUAAGAAUAACAAAAUGUUUAGAGUGAUAAUACCAUUCAAAAUGGGUAAUUUUGAUUUUUUACAAUCAUAAUUUUUUAGAAUAGAUUUUUUCAAAGCUAUAAGCUUAGUAAAUGUUUUAUUUAUCAUAUUCAAUGUCAUAUUAUUGCAUUUUUAUCACAUGUAUAUCCUUAGUCUCACUAAAGCAAUAUAUUGCUUGCAGCGUGGUAGUGACGUCUGAAUGAGUGAAAAUGCAAUGGCUUUUUUAACUAAUGAUAAUCAUAUCAAAUAGCUAUAGUUUGGACACAUCUUAAAUGCUCAACUCCACAGAAAUCUACCUGGCCCCGGCCGUCAAGAAAAACGGCCCUGACAAAGAUAACUUUGUCUUCACUUGUACAUUAAUUCACUAUCAAUAAAAUUAUAUAUUUUUUUAAAAAUUUACCCUCUUAUAUUAAAGAAUACAGACACAACUAAGUAUAUAGUUUAAAUUCAUGUGAAGGGUAAGUGUGAGUGAAACAAAUGCUUGUUACGGACUAAGAUCAGCUACACCACACCUACUGUGUUUGAGUUAGCUGCUUCAUUAGUUUGUAGUACCAUGAUAGGGUUUUAGAGGUUUCAGGCAAUACUUUUUCCAUUCCUCAAUAAAAAAUAGCAUACAUUUUUAUCAAUGAUAAGAGUAAAUUUAAAUUUGCAAUAAUGUGACACUCAAUUGACCUUGUUAAUAUUCGAAAUGUGUUUAAAACACACAAAAAAAUAGUUUUUGGAAAUACAUUUUAUAAUUAGUAAGUAUCUUGUUUUUGAAUAAAUA